GUUUCAUGGCGCCGUGUUGACAUUUUGAAAACUUUUGAGUUUUUCUUCUCUCAGAAAAAGAAGCCGACAGAAGCUUUUGUGACUGAUGUGUAAACACUGAGAUGUACUGUUGAGGAUCAGAAUGACAGCAGUUGCAGAAAACCUGACAAUAUUCACGUUUCAGGCAAUGAAACCUUUUUCUGUAAAACAUAAACAUCUGUGUCUACCUUUAAAAAGGAACAAACCAACAAUGAAACAUGUGAAAUGUUUAAAAUGAGCUCACAGUGGAGUUUGCUAGGGGUACGAUGCUGUCCGUUGUUCUGAGAAACCAUCCUACUCUGACAAAUCGUCCUACCUGUAUUAUAAUUUGACGGUGACUUGUGACUAAACCUAACCUUACCCCUAACCAUAACCUUAAGAAGUAUUCCGGAUGGGUGAGAGAAAAAGUUAAUUUGGCUUCGGUGUUGUGCGCAUGCGCCGCGUCUGCGCAGAAACAUUGGGUAGGAUGUCUUUUUGAGGUAGGAUGGACUCCCAGAACACCGGUCACAAACACAGCGCACAGCCAGCAGAGGGGCGGGGCCGCACGCGAACUGUUUCUCAUGAGGAAAUGUUGAUUUUGAGAAGAUCCCCAUGGCAACGAGGCAGCGAUAGGAGCUCCGCUAUUGUAUUUAAAGCAGCUUCAAUGGAGCGGCCGCCAGUCUCAGCCGUCCGAAGUCAAGAUGGUCGCGAGCUUCCUGCAGUUGGUAAAUCACAUCACACUAGCGCCCCGGGCUCGCGGGCAGCUCUCUCUGACUCUCACGCGUGUUUCUGCCACUUUGCAGAUCUCUCUGCUGAUCCUCCACGGGCUCUGCGCCGCCGCCUCCAACUCCACGUGUCUCAGCGCCGAGAAGGUGGAGGCCCGCGUGCGAAAGUUUGACGUUAACCUGAAGAAGCUCGACCUUCAGCGCGACGCCCGCGAGAACCAGGAGCUGACCACCUGCGAACAGUCUGCCCAGCAAAUGCACGAGCUCAACGGCCGCGCGCUGUCCCCGUGGCGUUACUACAUAGACCGAAACGACAGCAGGCAACCACGUGACAUCAUCUUUGCCGAGUGCCUUUGUAAGGGAUGCAUCAUCGACGGGCGUGAAGUGAACGACUACAACUCUGUGGAGGUUUUGGCUCCGAUGUUGGUCCUGAUAAAGACCAAGUGUAAGGAUGCAAACACAUAUCAAGUCCAGAAGAUGCGUAUCGAAGUCCCGGUGGGCUGCACUUGUGUAAGGCCCAAAAUUACUAAGUGAUCUGAGAAACUAAGCUUUACUCACACUGAAGGCCAUUUUAUAGCUGUGCAGCACCUUCACUUACACUAUAAGAAUAUUUAUCACAGCUUUCUGCCUGCAUGUGAAAAUGUUUUCUGUAAGUCGGACCUUCUGUCAGCCAGAGGGUAGAUUUUCUGUCCUGAAGCUGCCGGUCCACACCACAAUAUCUCAGCAACUAUCCAGGCCCGUUUUGGCCUGGAUAGUUAAGAGAAACUAACCGUGAUCGGUCAUUCUGGAGUCUUAAUCAUAAACAGGACCAACACUAAACCGCAGACAGACUCAGAGGCUUCACGUCCUCAAAGAGUCUCAGACCUUUCCUGUCGUUUGCUAACAGAACACUAUUACAGCUGCUGCGCUGCUUUGUGCAAAUACAUAUCAAGCUUAUUUAAUAUAGCACUUUAUCUCCAACUACCUGUAACUUUCCUUCCUCAUUCGGACAUUACUUGCAAGUGAAAAACUGGUGGAGAUUUCUUUUUGUUUAAAACUGAGUUGUGAUGAAGACGGAUCCAUCAUCCGUCUGAGCAUCAGUCUGCUCUGUAGAGUUUAAGGAGUGACUUAAAUCAGGCAGGACUGCAGUCAGUCAGGUUUUUUGAUUAUUUCAUGGAAUAACUCGUCUGAAAGCAGCAUGUUUCCACCUUUCAGUAACCGUCCAACCAACAGACCAGAAACUCCAAAGAAAGUGAGAUUUCUUUCUUCUUUCUUUUUUUAAAUUAAAAAAGUCUCUUUUUCCUCACACGGUUAAAACUGUGAGACCUGCAGGUUACCUCUGAAGCACGGAGACUUCACCAAAGACACGAGGAUGUGCUUUCACACUUUAGUAUUUAUUUUAUUUUAUUUUUUGAGUAGUUUGCACAUGCAGAUUAAUGUGAAAUACCACUAAAGCAGAGUGCCGCUGUAGCUUCACUUGAUGCCAGAGCGGCUGGAAGCUCGGCGUGAACAGAAGAUGAAUAGUUCAACAUUUGGGCAAAUUUGAGGCCAGGAGACGUUUGCUUAGCUGAGCAGAAAAAGGUCCGUCUCUGUAAAGGCUCACAGCGUUUCUGCCAGGAUCCAAACCAAGUCAACUUUAGAGGAUUUUCACCCACUUGUUCCGAGCUCGAGCAUCCUGACUUUUACUCUGCUGCAGGUCAGAGACCUCACCAGCUUUUUACUGCUCCAUCUGACAACAACAUUGGUCACAUUAAAAACAUAUUUAUUUGAAGUCCUGACAGUAAUUAUGGACUCUUAGUAAACUCAGUGCAUUUACAUGAUGCUGUUACUGACCGUGAAACAGUCGAUCAGCUGACUGUCUCUCUGCUUCUUUUGGGUAAAUUAAACAUACUAAAAUGUUUCCUUGGACUCAUCGUUACAUUAAAACUCGAGGCUUCGUGCUCAGCUAAGCUAACAGCUUCAUGGCUCCACAUUUAGCAGAGCGAUGUGAGAGCGGUCCGACCCCCUCAAUCUGUGAAUGAAUCAAAUGUUAAACUAUGCAAAACAGGACAGUAUUGGGCACAUGCACAAUAUGAAGAAGCUGCACAUUAAUUAGCUUUAAAGAGACUAAAAAGUAAUGAAGGUGUGAAGAGAGGAGAAUGAAUGUGAAGAAGUGUUUUUGUGAGUUUCACUAUAUUUCUUUGAGAUAUUGUUCAUGUUUUUAUUUAUUCAUAUUUUUGUUGUGAGGUAAUAAUGCAGAUUUGAUCCCUUUGAAGAGAUUUUUAAAGCUGUUUUUGUCAAACUGUCAGUUUCUGCUGGCUAAAGGUGUAAAGCAGGGGUGUCAGACUCAUUUUGCAUUGUGGCCACAUACAGCCCCCUCUAUGUUAAAAGGCCCGGACCAGUCAAAGUGCCCUUUCUGUCAGUGUAAAGAAGCUUAAGUACAUAUUUAAUCCCUGACAUGUGUUCAUAUAAGACCAAGAAGGGCAGUCUGCACAGUACAGCUCAGUUUUUCUACGUGAUAAAUAAAUGCAGCUGCAGGAAAGAAAGAAAUCGUCAGCGUGACUCUUUGGGCUUAAAUGUAAGACAAAUGUUCAGAGAGCUCAUUCCUCACACUGUAAUUAUAAAACACCAAGUUUUUGUUAAUUCACAGAAAACUUUUACUGUAGUCUCAUUAUUAAAGGGUGGCUGUAGCUCAGGAGGUAGAGCUGUCACCUACUGAUCGGAAGGUUGGUGGUUUGAUCCCUGGCUCCUCCAGUCUGCAUGUCAAGUAUCCUUGGGCAAGAUACUAACCCCAAGUUGCUCUCUGAUGCAUCCAUCGGAGUAUGAAUGUGUGUGAAUGUAGUUAGAUAGCACUAAGUAUAGAUAAAGUGCUUGUGAGAAUGGGUGUGAUUGGGUGAAUGUGGCAUGUUGUAUAGAGCGCUUUGAGUACUCCGAGAGAGUAGAAAAGCGCUCUAUAAGAAUCAGUUCAUUUACCAUUUAAAAAAAGAACUUUUCUGCCAUCAAACUGAUUUUCUAUUAUUUUAUUUCUGUGUUAUAGUAUGAAUGUGGAUGGUGGAGGUCUUCAUCAGUAAGAAAAGCUGUAAACUUAUGGAAAUACAGUUAAAAGGGCAAAAUUUAUGCCUUCCUUCAUUUGUUCCACCGGCCGAAUUAGAGUCUUUGCUGGGCUACUUUUGGCCCCCCGAGCCUCGUGUUUGACACCCCUGAUAUAAAGACACCUGUGAACUUUAAAAUUGUAUUUUUAUUUAUUUAACCAGGAAAAUUAAAACUCUUGAGAUGAAACUUUCUUUUACGAGAGUGCCCUGGCAAAGAAGCACAAGGAGUGACUUUUUGCUUUAAUUUGUGUUAUAAAUGUACCGUCAAAGCUUUGUUUUUAUUUUUGUAAUCUUUAAGUUAUCACUUCAGGAGAGUUUAGAAAAAGCGAACCGGGUGUGCUCUGACAUGAAGCCGUGUUUAUUUCAUUUACACUCGUGAAAUCCUCCCUGACUCCUGUGCGGCUGAUCGUCUCACCUUAAAACGGUUCAAAAUCUGUUUAAAAGAACACUUUAUAACUAUUUUAC